AUGGCUGAUAUUAAUGAGGAUCCAGUCGCAUUCAUGACUCCAAGACGUUCUGAAACCGAUUUAAUGGCCCUGGACGACUCACUCUUGACACAUUCAGACCACUUGAUGUCGUUCUUAGAAACAGAUUUUGAUACCGAGAUGGAACUUGUGGCUUUGGAUGAUGAGUUUCACAACGAGCCUACUACCUGUGGAAAUCUGGAAUCUGAAUCCAAGCGAGAAUCUCAUGGAAAUGCAAAUAUUGACAUGGAAAUGGAGGAAUUGGUCGAUGACGGAUAUAGUAAACAGGAAGAAAUGUCCAUGGCCAUGCAGAGUGAUGUAACAUUUGCUUCUGUGACUCCACAGUACCCACCAGCGUCAGCAAUACCAAACUACUGGAAUGUGUUGAACCAAGGAAUGGCUCCUAUGAUUGUACCUCCGGCUCCAGCUGUGCCGCCCCAGAGAAAAGUGCACAUUGCACCCAAGCCUGAGGCGAGGCAUACGCUGCGGUCAAGAGCAGUGCAGAUGACAGAAGAUACAUACAAGAUGCUGGCACCUCAAACUUCGCAGCAGAUACAUAAAACCCGCCAGUAUUCUACGGUCCGUGCUUCUACACCUGUUGCAUCUCGUGUGGUGUCGUGUCGAUGCACUGGGGGAUGCAGGAACGGACGCUGUGCCUGUGUCAAGGACGGCGGUAUGUGCGGUGCCUCAUGCCGAUGCACGUCCUGCAAGAACCCUUUUUCGAUGGUCAAGGCUGCAGGUGCUGACAUUGAUGCACUGCUGAAGGAUGACUGCUUCAUGCACAACGUUUUGAAGACACGAGAUAUGAUGCAACGGCUUCAAGAGCUUGUAGCUGUGCCAUGCUGUGACCGUACAGUCAAGGUCAUCGACUGUGUGCAGGGUUACACGUGCGAGACAUGCAAACGACGAUACGACUUUUCGUGGUGCACGAACAAGCUGCUAGGUAGCGAGCGCACCCCGCGCAACCACUGUGCGAUCUGCAAGCGGUGCUGCGACCACCGUGACGCGCACUGCAACAAUUGUGGUCGCUGUUACUUUGCCGGCGUGGCUGCAAGUUUACCGUGUCCGUGCAAAGAGGCUAUGAGUCACAAGAAGCGGCGCGAGUCUGCAGCUAAGGAAAAAGCAGAGGUAACAGAGGAAGAAGCUGAAGGCGAAUGCUGUAUCAUGUAG